AUGGAUCAAGUCGAAAACAUGCCACUACAGGAAAAUAUGUCAUUACCGUCAAAGUUUCAGAUGGAUAAUAAUACUCCUAAAAAUGCGAUGGCGGAACCGGCGGAAUAUAUGCCGGGAAACAAAGGAGGUGGGAUUUAUAAUGGCCCUAGAGGAUAUUUGGUAUAUGUCGCCAUCGACAUUUCUUGCCUCAGUGGCUAUGUAAUAGGGAAUCUCGAUAAUGAUGAAUUCAGUCACAGGCUCAUCACGAUCCUUAGAGAGAACUAUGUCUCCGAAGAAGGUGUUACUUUUGAUGCUAGAGCGUGCACCACACUAGCUUUUAUUACUUUACACUUCGAUGGACAGCGCGAGUUUAUGUUCUAUCAAAACCCUAGCAUUGAUAUGCUUCUUAACCCAAUUGAAAUGGAUCUGGAUCUCAUGUGCAUGGAAAAAGUCUUCCAUUAUGGAUCUGUAAGUUUGAUCACAAAUCAAUGUGGAUCAGCUCAGUUAAAGGUCAUUGAGGUUGCUAAGGAAGUUGGAGUUCAAGUCUCUUAUGACCUAAACCUUGGCUGUAAAUGGUUACCGCUGUGGCCAUCUGCAGUCGAGGCAAAGAAAUUUUUUUUGAGCAUCUGGGAUCAAGAUGAUGUCAUUAAAGUUAGUGAUGUUGAGCUUGAAUUCUUAAUUAAUAGAGAUUUAGUAGAAGAUGAAGUUGCUUUGUUACUGUGGUGGCCAAGCUUGAAGCAUCUGUUGGUUAUACUUGCCGAAAAGGAAUGCAAGUAUUACACCAAUGAUUUUUGAGGGGUUAUUAAUGCCUUUAAUGUUAGCCAAGUUGACACAUAUGUAACUGGUGAUGCAUUUGCAGGUGCUUUACUCAGCAAACUUAUUGAUGAUAUCUCAGUAUUGCUGGAUGAAAAGAAACUGAGAGAAGUGUUGAUAUUCACAAAUUCUUGUGGCGCAAUCACUGCCACUAUGAAAGGAGCAAUCCUUGCUCCGCCCAGCCUUGCAAGGGCCAUGGCUGUUUUGGAGAAGCCAUAA